AUGCAAGAACUCAACUCUAGAGUCUAUACUGCUCCUUCACUCUUCCCUCUCUGCUUAAGUCUACAAUCUACAUCCACCUUCUUCUCUCUCUGUUUCUUCUCCAUUUUUUUUGGUUCUACACUAAAUCGGCCAAAACACUUUCUUCCGCAACGACUACAGGAUUGGAGAUGGCGGAAGGGGCUAAAAGCGUGAUACGAAUUGAAUCAGACGACGAGAACGAGAACGAGAACCCGAACGAGAGCGAGAACAGGAACGAGAAUGACUGUUCCCAGUCCGAAGAAUGGUGCUUUGUCUGCCACGACGGUGGCAUGAUUCGUGACUGUGAUUUUCCGAAAUGUAGAAAAGCUUAUCACCACAAAUGCGUUGGUCAAAAGAAAUCAUUUCUUACAAGUAGUAUCAGCUGGAAUUGCGCUCGACACUCAUGCUCCAAAUGUGGUGGAAAGCCAAGAAUUAUGUGUUACUGCUGUCCCAAAGCAAUAUGCCAUCAAUGUAUUGACUCUGCAGAGUUUUUUCCAAUUAAACAAGAAAAUGGAUUUUGCAAGGACUGUAUGAAUUUUGUGCUGCUUUUUGAAGGAAUUGUAGAUUCAGACUCCAGCUUGCACAAAAGAAUGAGUCUUGGGGAUCUUUCCACACAAGAAAGAUAUCUCAAGGAAUAUUACGAGAUCAUAAAGAAGCAAUACAGCCUUACUUUUGGUCAUAUCCAAUCUGCCAGAAGGCAAUUGAAGAAUCGAGAGAAGCACAAAUCUUGUGAGAGUUUAGAUGAUGCCAACAAGAAUAAGAGAUCUAGGGUUCUACCAAGGACAAAGCUGUGUUUUAACACAACUUCUCCAAGUGAGGAGGUGGUAAGCAGUAAAACUCCGACCUUGUUUGCAGCAGUCGUUCUUGAUAAUAUUAGACUUGCAUAUCUGAGAAGGAGAUUAAUUGGGAAGCUCCUGGAGCAGCCUGAAUCUUUUGAGAACAAGGUAAAAGGUACUUUUGUUCUUGUUGAAUUACCUUCACCUGAUGGACGUCAGAGGAAAACUCGUCAGCUUGUGCAAGUGACAGGCACAAGGAAGACUUCAGGUCAUCAUGAUGAGGUGGAUAUUAAGCUUCUAGCAUCAAAUAUUCCAAAUGAAAUUUCAAUUCACAUGUUAUCAAAUGCUGAUCUGUCUGAGAAGGACUGUGAAGAUCUCAGACAGCAGGUGCAAAAUGGUCUGCUUAGAAUGCCUACUGUGGAGGAGCUUGAACAAAAGGCCAGAGUUCUGCGUGAGGAAAUUGUGGAUGAUAUGAUUGCUACAGAGUUGAGAGUCCUGCAAGUAAAAAUUGACAGAGCUAAUGAAAAGGGUUGGAGACGAGAAUUGUUCGAACUUAGAAAUAGAAGGACACAGCUAGAAGCACCAUCAAAGCGGUUGUGGUUAAUAAAUAAUGUUCCAGUGGUCAUUUCAGAAGAAGUAGAUAUCAAUGUUAUGUCUUGUGGAACUGCAGAUGACAGACAGGGAAGCGAAGGCUCACCGGUAUCAAUCCCAAUUGAAGGGUCACAAUGCACUAGUAACUGUGAUAAAUUCAGUGAAAGCUUGACAAAUUCAGUACCUAUCAAUAAUGUGGAGGCAGGUGGUAAAACUAUCUCAGUAGUGUCCCUCUUCAAGAGAUCACCAGGUGCCUAUACUCCAACUGAAGAGCAUGCAAGGAAGCUGGUGAAAGAUCCCGUGGUGAAUGAUGCUACACCUUUUUGUCCUCAAACCACAAACACAGAGACCAAUCCCAUGGUGAAUAAUGCUAUGCCUUCAUGUCCGCAAACCACAGACACGGAGACCAAUAAGGACCCUGAGCAACUGUUUCCAGAAAUUGAGCAGAAUAAACCAAUACAAGGACAGAAGGUGAAUGUAAAAGGCACAGCCAUGAAUACUGUUGAGCCCUGUUUAGAGCAGAGUCGCUCCAUUUGUUUUGUUCCUGCUUUUCCAUUGGAUGGCAAGGUUAUGACUCCUGUUGUUGAUCAUCAUCCAACUAUGACACAGCAAUCAAAUAAUGAAAGCUCCUUGAGAAGGGAGCUUGACUCCUUACGUUGUGACCUUGUAAGCACGUCCACAAGGGGCGCUUUACUGGAGGAUGAAUUGAAGGCGCUCAAAAAUAAGAUGGAGCAUGAUGCUCUUGUAACCCCAUCCAAAAUUUCAAGCAUGGAGAAAAAACUUGAUUUGAUGUUUGAGCACCAUGCCAGGCAGUCCGGAGGUGCACAGGUUGAACCUGCCCAGGAGAAAAUAACCUCUUCUAACAAGUCAAAAAUGUCUGCGGGUGAUGUCACAAGGUUGUUGGAACCUAUAAAAAGAGCUGGUUGGACUGAAGCUUUGGAAGAGGUAAAGGCAAAGCACCUCCCACACUUGAAUCCGAUUGAAUUCCCUAUGUAUGACCCUGGUUCCCGGCUCAAAGUAAGCCUUAUUGCAAAGAGAAUUUGUGAAUCUGGUAUUCAUAUUGAUCAUUUGGUGUCAUUAGAAGCAACUGAGAAAGAACAGGCUAGCGAAACUCAGCGCAACAUCUAUCUAACUUGAGGUUGAGAACUCGAAACUGUCGAUGAAGGUUAACUUCUAGAUAUUCCUACUCGAGUCCCUUAGCCAUGACCCUUUUAGGUGGUGGUGUUAGCUUCUGAUUCCUGUGUUCGUUGUUUCUUUGGAAACCUUGUAAGAACAAUGUGUGUGUGUGUGUGUGUGUGUUUUUUUUUUUUCUCUCUCUCAAGAAACAGUAGUAAAAGCUUAGUUAAAGUUUGUGAAAACACUUGGUCAAUACUAUCUCUUUAGAAUAAGAUAAACCUGGUGGUUUGACA